AUGUCAGAGAAUUACUAUUACACUAGGGAUGGUCGUCGAGAGGUGAAGCCACCGAAACCACUCUAUUUAUCGGAUGGACAUCAUGCACAGUUCGGAACGCACACUGGUGAAGUCCUCGCACAACUAGAUGGCAGUUCUAAGUUGAACCAAGGACCAUCUGCGAAUUUUGGUUCACCAGCGCCUACACCGGGUUUUGGAUAUGAGUGGAAGCGAACACGUGAGGAAGAGCUUCAGACACAAAAAGAAGAUCCGGAACUGUCUCGUCUUGAACUUUCUAUGAGCAAGCACUUCGGAGCGCUCGGAAAGAUGUAUGGUGAAUACCGAUUCGCUCUGGCGCCGAACGAGCAAAAGGCGUUCAAGGGAUUCCUGGACCAAGCUGUUGUAAAGGUUUUCAAGAAUUAUGUUUGGUAUGAGUGGCCGUACUACCUACCACAAUGUAUUGGCGCCUAUCUGCUUUACGAUUGGGCCAAGAAGAAGAACUAUCAGGUUGGCCGGAAGAACCCAGCCGACUACGCCAAUGAUCAGUAA